AUGGCCUCCCUAUCGACAACUCUCCCCCUCAACCGCGACUCCGUCUUUUGGGCGCACAAAGUCGUCAAGAAUCACGUCCAUCGCACCCCAGUCGUGACCAAUCAGACGCUUUCCGAGCUGGCAUCGACACCGAGGGCCGUUGAAGACCUGGAGGGCACUCGGUUCGCCGGCCGGACGCCCGCAAAGCCCGUGCUGCGAUUGUGGUUCAAGUGCGAGAACUUGCAGCGCAUUGGGGCCUUUAAAGUGCGCGGGGCGUUUUAUGCGCUUCACAAGUUGACCGAGGAGCCCGGAUGGCUGGAGGGAGGCGGAAAGGAAAAGGGCGUGGUGACGCAUAGCUCUGGUAAGAAGAUGUCCCGACUUGGUCUCGUCGAACGUGGAUACUACACGGGGAGGAAACUUGUGUCAUUCGCCUGA